GAACCUGUCAGACCCAGCGAGCAGAGCGACGACACGAGGAACCUUUCCCUCCCGCCGACCAGACAAAGGAGCAUCUCACUGUCACGCAGAGCAAUGACAAGAGGGGCCAAGAGUGUCUCACUCUUACUGUGCAGUGCAGACAGUGGCCCAGAGACAUUCACUCCCGAACAGUGAGCCAGCAGCUUUCCUGUGCAAAGAGAGCAGAGAAACAGAGAAAGAAAAACAGAAAGAGUACGAGCAGGGUUGGGCCGAGAGGAAGAGAGAUUUCCACAGCAUUGUUGUCAGGAAUCUGGUCUGAGCAGCAUUUUUUAGUGUGGUUUUACAACAUUUUUGAUGAGCUGCUGUAAUUACUCUAAAAGGAAAGAGCUUGGAAGACUUGGGCAUUUUAGCCGUGGGAAAUUCCAGGGAAGGAAGAGUCCUGGCCCUUCCUGUCACGGCCGCAGUCCCAGGAGACAGGGAGGACAGGGCAGUCGAGUGCAGCUUCGACACAAGCCUCUCCUGCUGAGCUCACUCCACACACAGGUCCGACAGGCCACGCUGGGGACACGGCAUGCCCCUCCGGCUGUGUGCAGGCAGCCUGCGUGAGCCCACUCAGCGUCAUGGCUCUGAGCAGUCCAGCACGGACCUUCUCCCUGACCCAGCUCUGCCUGCUGCUUGUCCAUAUCCAGUCCCUUUCAGUCCAGCUGAAAUCCCAGUUCCAGAAUGUGAUCCCGGGUCAGGACCUGGUCCUGGAGGCUCAGAUUGACACCGAGCCCUCAGAAUCCGUGUACAUGGUGUCCUGGGAGCGCAGGCAGCCCGGAGACUCCCUGCUCCAGAUCGCCAAGCUCUUCUGGGGGCCCACGGAGACCCUGAAGACGUUCAGUGAGCGUGUUGCGCUGACUGACAGCGGCGCCACCCUGUGGCUGAGGAACUUCAGUUCAGCUGAUAGUGGGCUGUACGGCAUCAUCGUCACCGCGGAGGAUGGGACAGAGCGCUCGGCGCAGGCCACAGUGAGUGAGUACGAGCCCAUCUCCAGCGUGUCCGUCUCCAUGGCUGCAGACAGCCCCCCAGCCCUGCUCUGCGCAGUGGGGCGCGGCACCGCUCCUGUCUUCCAGUGGCUGCAGGCCGGGGUGCCGGUGUCCCCGGGCCGGUACCUGCUGUCUGCGGACGGGCGCUCCCUGGCGCCUGCGGGCCUGGCCCCACUGUGCGGGCUCUUCACCUGCCAGGCACACAACGAGCUGGGGGAGGUGACGGCCAACUACACCGCCCAGGGCUCCCAGUGCACUGGCCGGACUGGGAAGACUGGGAAGAGGGGGUUCCCAGGGCUGGGGGCCGGGCUGGCUCUGGCCCUGGGCUGUGGGACUGUUCUGACUGUUGUAAUUCGCAGGUAAGAAUCCUGGUGCCCGGGGCGAGGAGCUGUCUGCAGCCAGGCACACUCCAUCUUGACAAACACUGUGGAAACAGCCCCAGUGUAUUACACCUGUCUCUCUGUCUGUGCCUUUGUCCAUCUGGCUUCCGUCUGUCCCUCUGCCCUCUGUCUGCCCCGCUGUCCCUCUGCCCCUCUCUGUCCCCCUGUCCUCUGUCUUCUGCC